AUCGAAAAGUGGUGACAUAAAAGAAGCUGUCGGGCGUAUUUUCGUUUAAUAAAAAACUUCGCAUUUUCGAUUCGCCAGGGAUGACCGAUUCCAAGUACUUUACCACCACCAAAAAGGGUGAGAUAUUCGAGCUGAAAUCCGAGCUGAACAAUGACAAGAAGGAAAAGAAAAAGGAAGCAGUCAAAAAGGUCAUUGCCAGCAUGACGGUUGGCAAGGACGUAUCGGCACUGUUUCCCGAUGUCGUCAACUGUAUGCAGACGGACAACCUGGAGCUAAAGAAGCUGGUCUAUCUGUAUCUGAUGAACUACGCCAAAUCACAGCCGGAUAUGGCCAUCAUGGCCGUUAACACAUUCGUUAAGGACUGCGAGGACACCAAUCCGUUGAUCCGAGCGCUGGCCGUUCGCACGAUGGGCUGCAUCCGAGUGGACAAGAUUACGGAAUAUCUGUGCGAGCCGUUACGCAAGUGUUUGAAAGACGAAGACCCGUACGUGCGCAAGACGGCUGCCGUCUGUGUGGCCAAGCUGUACGACAUCUCCAGUUCGAUGAACGUUUCCCCAUUCCAGGUGGAGGAUCAAGGAUUUCUGGAUCAACUUAAGGAUCUUCUGUCCGACUCUAACCCGAUGGUGGUGGCCAAUGCCGUAGCAGCUCUUAGCGAAAUCAACGAAGCAUCGGCAAACGGACAGCCUCUGGUCGAGAUGAAUUCGGCCACCAUCAACAAACUGCUCACCGCGUUGAAUGAGUGUACCGAGUGGGGUCAGGUUUUUAUCCUGGACUCGCUAGCCAACUACACUCCCAAGGAUGAGCGGGAAGCUCAAUCUAUCUGCGAGCGAAUCACACCUCGUCUGGCUCACGCAAACGCUGCAGUUGUGCUGAGUGCCAUUAAAGUUCUAAUGAAGCUGCUGGAGAUCCUCGCCUCCGAUAGUGAUUUUUGUGCGAUGCUCACGAAAAAACUAGCACCACCGCUGGUGACUCUUCUCAGCUCUGAACCGGAAGUCCAAUAUGUAGCUCUCAGAAACAUCAAUCUGAUCGUUCAAAAACGUCCCGAUAUUUUGAAACAUGAAAUGAAAGUAUUCUUCGUCAAAUACAAUGACCCCAUCUACGUAAAACUGGAAAAGCUGGACAUUAUGAUACGGUUAGCCAAUCAGAGCAACAUCGCUCAAGUGUUGAGCGAACUGAAGGAAUAUGCCACCGAAGUGGACGUAGACUUUGUGCGCAAAGCGGUUCGUGCUAUCGGGCGCUGUGCCAUCAAGGUUGAACCAUCUGCCGAGCGAUGCGUCUCAACGUUGCUGGAUCUCAUCCAAACGAAGGUGAACUACGUCGUGCAGGAAGCCAUUGUCGUCAUCAAAGACAUCUUCCGUAAGUACCCUAACAAGUAUGAAAGUAUUAUCAGCACUUUGUGCGAAAAUUUGGACACUUUGGACGAGCCGGAGGCUCGAGCUUCCAUGGUUUGGAUCAUCGGCGAAUAUGCCGAACGUAUUGACAAUGCGGAUGAGUUGCUGGACAGUUUCCUGGAAGGUUUCCAGGAUGAAAACGCACAGGUUCAACUGCAGCUGCUCACAGCGGUGGUGAAACUAUUCCUCAAACGCCCGGCUGACACCCAAGAACUGGUACAACACGUUCUAUCGUUAGCCACACAAGAUUCGGACAAUCCGGAUCUUCGUGAUCGUGGUUUCAUCUACUGGCGUCUUCUAUCAACUGAUCCAGCCGCCGCAAAAGAAGUGGUUCUCGCGGAUAAACCUCUCAUCUCGGAGGAAACGGACCUUCUAGAACCAACCCUACUGGAUGAAUUAAUCUGCCACAUCAGCUCACUGGCAAGUGUUUAUCACAAACCACCAACUGCGUUCGUUGAAGGUCGUGGCGCUGGAGUUCGCAAGAGUCUCCCGAACCGGUCGGCUUCAGCCGCUGGUGAAGAAGCGGUUCCAGAGGCGACCGUCAUUCCAAAUCAGGAAUCUCUCAUCGGAGAUCUUCUAUCGAUGGAUAUUGGGGCCCCGGCAGCACCGGCCGCGCCCGUUGCCAACACAAGCAACGUUGAUCUGCUCGGCGGUGGCCUGGAUAUCCUGCUGGGAGGAGGAAAUCCGGCCGCUGAAACUACAAACAAUACAGCCGCCGCAACUGCCGGUGCCGGUGGUCUGCUGGGAGACAUCUUCGGAAUCGGUCCAGCCGCCUCAACAAACAUGAUUCAAAUCCCGAAAAUCGUUUGGUUGCCUGCGGAUAAAGGCAAGGGUCUGGAAAUCCAGGGCACCUUCUCGCGCCGCUCAGGCCAAAUUUACAUGGAUAUGACUUUCACCAACAAAGCAAUGCAAGCCAUGACCGGUUUUGCCAUUCAACUAAACAAGAACAGCUUCGGCUUAGUCCCGGGUGCCCCACUACAAGUAGCCCCACUUCAACCCUCUCAAACGGCAGAAACCUCCCUAGCGAUCGGCACGACCGGUCCCGUACAGCGAAUGGAACCACUGAACAAUCUUCAAGUCGCCAUCAAAAACAACGUAGAUAUUUUCUAUUUCGCUUGUCUGGUUCACGGUAACGCCCUGUUCGUCGAGGAUGGGCAACUAGACAAGCGUGUAUUUUUGACCACCUGGAAGGAGAUUCCCGCCGCCAACGAAAUUCAGUACAAUUUACAUGGUAUCAGCGGUACGGCGGAUACGGUUGCUGCCAAGAUGACCGCGAACAAUGUGUUCACCAUUGCCAAGCGCAACGUGGAGGGGCAGGACAUGCUGUACCAGUCGCUGAAGUUGACCAACAACAUUUGGGUACUGCUCGAGCUGAAACUGUCCCCCGGAAGCCCCGAUGCGACGCUCAGUCUUAAAACACGCUCCGUCGAGGUGGCUGCAAUCAUAUUUGCAGCCUACGAGCAGAUCAUUCGAUCUCCCUAAACUGUUUAAUUAUAAAAGGAAUAAAUUGUUUCAUACAACAGUGGUAUAUUAGGAGCGGAUGAAGCAUCAAAGCAUGACUAUCCAACGUAGUUGACCGCAUCCGUUCUCAUGUUAGGGGCGAAGAUUUCUACUGAUUCCAAGAAGUAAGCUAAUCUGUACUAACUUUAACUCUAAAUACUAAAAAGUAAACACGGCGCGCGUUGCCACAUCAUAAUAAUCUAUUAUAUCAUGUCUAAUCCAAGUGUAAUCAAGAAGAAGCGAACGAACGUCAUAAAUUGGAAGUAAAAAUCAGGAAGUGAUUACUUCAGGUGAAUAUAUUAUGCAUUAGCAAUUUGUUAGACAAUAUAAUUUACUGAACAAUGUAUUCAUCG